AUGGCCAACAUACUCACCCGCAACCCAACCCUCCGAACAGCCCUCCGACCACACAACCCCGAACUCCUCUCAACUAAACCACAACUCACCCCCCUCCGCCCAUUCAAAUCCAACUCCACAUCCACAAAACCAACAUCGAAGAAACCGUCCUCCCCCCUAGGUCACUCCCCAACACCACCGCCCUUCCCAUCCCUCCUCACCCUCCUCCGCGAAUCGCCCCCUCGAACUCGCUACACAGUCCUCACCUUCCUCGCGCUCCUCGGCACGGCGGAAACCUCCUUCUGGCUACGUGUUAUUUACGAGAAGUUUAUCAGGAAAGACGAGGGGGAUGGGCUGUGGGAGAGGUACCUCGUGUUUUUGAAAGGGGUGAGGGGCGUUUGGUUGGGGUUUUAUUGGGGGUGGUGGGGGGAGGGGCUUUGGGGGCUCUGA